AUGGCAUCCCCCGAAUUCCACGCCCGGCUCCGCGCCGCUCUUCCGGACGGAGACGAAGCGACAACCCUCCCCGCCGCAUCGGCUCUUGCAAACGCCUCCGCGUCUCUUCCGCGGCCCUCGUCGGACAAUUACCUCUCGCCGCUCGGCACUGAAGCGACGCUGUCGCAUAUCCUGGACGACAUCGUCCCGGCGCUCAACGGUCAGGCUAGGAGCGGCCGGUACUACGGCUUCGUCACAGGCGGGACGCUCCCUGUGGCCGAGGCAGCGGACAACGUCGUCUCGGCGUUCGAUCAGAAUGUGCAGGUGCAUCUGCCGUCGCAGACUGUCGCCACGGAACUGGAGAGCGUUGCGUUGAGGAUGCUGGCGGAUCUCCUUGGGUUGGAGACUGGGAAGGGCGAGGCGGAGGUCUGGAAAGGCCGGACGUUUACGACGGGCGCGACGGCGAGUAACGUCCUGGGCCUGGCGUGUGGCCGGGAGGCCGUCGUGGAGAGGAGAGGCGGGAGAGUGGGUGAGCACGGCAUCCUGGGGGCGUGUGCUGCGGCUGGUAUUAGGGAGAUCCAGGUUCUUACGAGCAUGGGUCACAGUUCGUUGUCCAAGGCGGCGAGCGUUGUCGGUUUGGGGAGGGCGAGUGUCAAGGAGCUCAGAACCAGCGCUGAUGAGCCGUGGAGAUUGGAUUUGGAGGCUGUUGAGAGGGAAUUGGCGAGGGAGGGCGUGGCGAGUAUUAUUGCUGUUAGUGCGGGCGAGGUGAACACUGGGAGGUUCGCGAUGGGUGGCUUGGAGGAGAUGAGGAAGUUGAGGGAGCUCGCUGAUCGAUUCGGAGCAUGGGUCCAUGUUGACGGCGCGUUUGGAAUCUUCGCGCGGGUUUUAGAUUCUACCCCUGAAUUCGAGAAAGUCAGAGCCAUGGCUUCUGGACUGGAGCUCGCAGACAGCAUCACGGUGGACGGGCACAAGCUAUUGAACGUGCCUUACGACUGCGGCAUGUUCUUCACUCGCUCUCUAGAAACUCUGACUUCCGUCUUCACCAACCCCAACGCCGCAUAUCUCUCCUCGGGCCCCUCCUCGAUCCCGAGCCCCCUGAACAUUGGGCUUGAAAACUCACGCCGCUUCCGUGCUCUGCCUGCAUACGCCGUUCUGCGCUCCGAAGGACGCUCCGGUCUUGCCGCCAUCCUCGGCAACAUGGUUCUACUUGCUCGCAACAUUGCGCUGUGGAUUCGGGAGUCGGAUUCGUAUGAGCUUCUUCCCGAAGGUGAUUGGAGUUUGGAGGAGACUCAUAUGAUUGUCUUGUUUCGUGCAAAGGAUGACAAGCUUAAUGAAGAGCUUGUGGGAAGGAUCAACGACACUAGGCGUAUGUAUGUAAGUGGUACGAGCUGGAAGGGACAAAAAGCUGUGCGGGUUGCGGUAGGAAGCUGGAGAGUUGAUAUUGAGAAAGACUUCGAGGUUCUCACGAAAGUUCUGGAGGAGGUGAAGGCGUAA